AAGCGUCCCGUUCAACCCCACAGAAGCCGAGGCGGACGCCUUUCUGCUUCCCCGGGCUGCACUCUUUUCGUCUAAUCCACCCUUGACCACCCGGGUCUCAGCUUCCCUGCCCCAAGAUGCUGAAGCAGGCAGUGGAACACAGAGGAGGCUUCUCUUUCGAGAACUGCCAGAGGAAUGCGUCCUUGGAACACGUCCUGUCAGGCCUUCGGGUCCCUCAUGCACGCAAGACCGGGACUACCAUCGCGGGACUUGUGUUCCGAGAUGGAGUUAUCUUGGGCGCCGAUACGCGGGCCACUAACGAUUCGGUCGUGGCGGACAAAAACUGCGAGAAGAUCCACUUCAUCGCCCCCAAAAUCUACUGCUGUGGGGCUGGAGUAGCUGCGGACACUGAGAUGACCACGCGGAUGGCAGCUUCCAAGAUGGAGCUGCAUGCGCUGUCCACCGGCCGUGAGCCUCGGGUGGCCACUGUCACCCGUAUCCUGCGCCAGACACUCUUCCGGUACCAAGGUCACGUGGGAGCAUCACUGAUCGUGGGCGGGGUUGACCUAACCGGGCCGCAACUCUAUGGCGUGCACCCGCACGGUUCCUACAGCCGCUUGCCCUUUACGGCCCUGGGCUCUGGACAGGAUGCAGCCUUGGCACUGCUGGAGGACAGGUUCCAGCCAAACAUGACGCUGGAGGCUGCCCAAGAGCUGUUGGUGGAAGCCAUCACUGCGGGGAUCCUGGGUGACCUGGGCUCUGGAGGCAGUGUGGAUGCGUGUGUGAUCACCGCGGCAGGCGCCAAGCUGCUGAGAACACUGAGCUCACCCACAAAGCCUGUGCAGAGAGCUGGCCGUUACCACUUUGCUCCUGGAACCACAGCUGUCCUGACCCAGGAAGUGAAACCCCUGAACCUGGAGCUUCUGGAGGAAACUGUGCAGGCCAUGGAGGUGGAAUAAAGUGGCCGAAGACUUUCAGCUUGGAACAAGGGGGAAUAAACCCAGGAAAUACAAACACUUAAA